AUGAGUGAGCAGGCGAAAAUUGCUUAUUUACAGAACGAAAAGGAGGAGCAACUGGAAGUAAGUGCUUGGCUAAGGUUUAUGUGGAGAGAUGAGAAUCUCCGAUGGCAGCCCAGUGUUUACGACAAUGUUACGGAUCUGCGACAUCCAGCUGGAACACUUUGGCAACCGGACAUCCUUCUCUACAACAGUGUUGAUCCCGCCUUUGAUUCCAUGUACAAGGUUAACCUCCUCAACUAUCAUGAUGGCUCAGUGAACUGGGUGCCGCCCGGGAUAUUCAAAAUCUCAUGCAAGCUUGACAUUUACUGGUUUCCUUUUGACGAACAGUUUUGCUUCUUCAAGUUCGGCUCAUGGUCAUUUAGCAGGGACAAAAUCGAGCUGGCUGUUGGCGACUUCGACUUCUCUGAGUACAUUCCCAACGGGGAAUGGAUUAUUCUCAACUCCAUGGCAAAUGUUUCCGUGAAGUACUACGAAUGUUGCCCGGAAGCUUACGAAGAUAUCAAGUUCACACUA